GUUGCAUUUCUAGCAUCUGCAGUUGGGCCACGUGUUGCUGCAGCCUGUGCUCAUGCAUCAUUAGCAGUAUUGUCAAAAGAUGACCACCAAGUGGCUGGUUCUAGUAAUGCCCCACAAAUGGAAGGCGAAACUGUGGGAGUACAAGGAUCUAAUCAGAAUCAUGCAGUUUCUUCUCCUCUGCCCAUUGAAAGUGUGAAUAUUGCUGCAAAAUUCGGUUUAGCUGCUGCAGCAACAAAGGCAAAACUAUUUGCAGAUCAUGAGGAACGUGAAAUUCAGAGAAUGGCUGCAAGUAUUAUAAAUCAUCAGUUGAAGAGACUAGAGCUGAAGCUAAAACAGUUUGCGGAGGUGGAAACAUUGCUGAUGAAAGAAUGUGAACAGGUGGAGAGGACAAGACAGAGGCUUGCAGCUGAACGGGCCCGGGUUAUAUCGACCAGGUUUGCACCUCCAGGAGCAACUGCUACCCUACCACCUGUUGCUGCUGCUGCUGCAGCUAUAGCAAAUAAUAGUGCUGGACCUGCUGGUACCAGCAGGCAACAAGUAAUUUCAGCCUCACCUGCACAGGCAAAUAUCCCUGGAUAUGGCAGCAACCAACCAAACCACCCAAACAUGUUCAUGCCACGGCAACCGAUGUUUGCUUUUGGACCAAGGUUACCCCUAUCUGCUAUCCACCCACCUACGACAGCCGCCGCCGCUGCCUCCACUGUUAUGUACACUUCGACCCAAGGAAGUGUGCCCCCUGGCCUCACUCAUCCAAUGUUAAGACCUGUAUCUGGGACAAACACCCAUGUAGGUUGACUACCGGAAAAAAUGGUUUUCAUGCAGAGCUGUAUCAUUUAAUUAGAUUACAUCUUUCUCUCUCACGCACACAAUCAUUUGUGAUUGCGCAAAACAAAAAAAAAAAUGUUAUGGUUGAACCCAUCAGCUUGA